ACUUUUGCAGGUGACUCCAGCUCAGUGGGAGGGCAAGCUGCGACUCAGUGAAGGGUGUGUGUGACACGGCUGACACACACACGCCGCAUCGACGCGUAACACGACCGACGGCGAGCGGACCCGGACUGUACUCGUACUGCACUUGACUUGACUUGUACUUGGGACCCUGACAGCCGUCACCUGCCACCAUGUACAAGAAGAAAAGCAAGAGCAGCAUCGUGACGACCCCCAUCAAAACAUCUAUCUCCUCCACGGAACUGACCAGUCUGAUCGAGAAACUGCAGAAGAAUGCUGACAAAGUGGAGAAGAACAUCUACGAUGUGGAGCAGAACCUCAACAAGGAUGUUAGCAAGAUCAACGAGGGCAAAGCGCCGCUGUACCAGGAGGACACCAACAAGCGACUCCUCAACUCUCUGGACCUGCUGAUAGGCUUGGACCAGGACGCGGCCAACGCCAAGCAACUCCAGCACCCUCAGGCUGAGAUGAUCGGCAAGGACAUGAGGCAGCUCCGUGAGCGAGUGAACAAGCUGAGAGAGGACCAUGAGCGUAUCUACCAACUGAUCCGCACUGAGGGGGUGCCCACCAUCAACUGGGGCAACAUGAUGGAUGAGAAGUUGGCCAACCUGAGCAACAAAGGCUUUGGUGAGGACCUUCCAUCGGUGGAGAACGAGGUGGAGGACCACAACAUUUUCCAGAGUGAGGUGGAGGCUUUGGCUCCUCACAUUUCUGCUGGCGGUGACAAGGAAUAUAUCAGCGGCCUCCAGAUGAAGUACAACAAACUUCUGGCCCUUUCCAGCGACCGUCAGCGCCACCUGCUGAGCCUGCGUAACUACAUGCAGCGGAGCACCAACGAGCUGUACUGGAUGGACCAGCAGGCUGAGGAGAGAAUCAACUACGACUGGAGUGACGCCAACUUGGACUACCCCGCCCGCCAGAGGCAGUAUGAGAACUUUAUUGGCAAAUGUCUGGAGAACAAAGAGGCGACGGUCACCAAGCUCAACGAAGACGGCGAGAAAAUGAUUGCUGCAAAGCACCCAGGGUCCAACGUCAUCGAGGCUCAUAUGGAGGCAGUGCACGCCGACUGGAAGGAGUACUUGAACCUGCUCAUCUGCGAGGAAAACCACCUGAAGUACAUGGACGAAUACCACAAGUUCCACAAGGAGGCGCGUGACACCCAAGACCUGCUGAAGCGCUUGGACACUGAGGUCAAGCAGAAGUACAACCCUGAGUUCAAAGAUGUGUACCAGAUGGAGGCUCUGAUCCGAGAGCUGGAUGACCAAUCCAAGGCCAUGGCCGCCUUGGACGAGAGGACCAAAGCUCUUCAGAAGCGCGGCCUGCAAGUGUUGCCCCUGAAGUACCGAAGAGAGACUCCCCAAAAACUUCUUCCUGUUGAGUCAAUGUGCGAGUUUGACACGGAAGAGGGGCAAAUUGUACGGGGCGCCAGAUACACUCUGCUGCGCAACAAUGGACCCAAGUGGGACGUGAAGGACGCGAGUGGACAGACGCUGUCUGCUCCGGCAAUCUGCUUCACCAUUCCCCCGACUGACCCGGAGGCAGUGGCCAUCUCUGAGAAUUUGGCUGCACAGCAGAAUGCUGUCAAGCAGAAGAUGGCAGACAGCAAAGGAGCUCUGCUAAAGCGUUUUGAUGAGCUGAAGAAGGCCAGUGGUGGUGCAGACAAGGAGGAACAGCAGUGCCGCCAGAUGAUGGCGGGUUUGGACAAGGUUGCCGCCGAUAUCGACAAACAAGAGAAGGCCAUUCAAGCUCGACUGCGCCCCCCGCUGGAGCUGAAGAAGCCACUGCAAGAUAGUGCCGACCGCCUGCAGGAAUUUAGGGACAUUGCCAACGCGGUCCAUAGAAUCGAGCCAGAGAAGCAGUCCAAGGUGGAGGAGGCCAGGAAGUUCCUAAACUCCAGCCCACAAAGUGCCAGCGCGCCCCACCUGCACAGCAAGGUGGACGACGUCAACAGGAAGUACACCUACCUGGAACAGCUUCUUCAGAGCAGUCAAGACAAGCUGAAGAACUCCAACCAGCUGGAGAGUUCUCUCCAAAAUGGAAAAACUUUGCUGUCCAGCUAUGAGAACAGACUGGCCAGAGACGAUGUGGCUCCUUCAGACAUUCCCUCGCUGGAGAAAACCCAACGAGAACUGGCAGAUAUCGCAGGAGACCUGAGGUCCAAAAGGUCUGUGAUCAAUGAGACAGAGCAGAACCUACGCUUGGCCAAAACCAGCUGUGACCAAAUGGCCAUCAAGUUCCAAGAGCACUGCCCAGACAUUGAGAGGCAGGAAGCUGAUGUCCAGAAGCUCAACAAGCGUUUCAACAUCCUCAACAAUCAGAUCGACACCAGGUCCCAAAGUUUGCAGAGGGCCAAGAUGUCGUACGGUAAUUAUCGCAACGACUACAACAACUUGAACAACUGGCUCUCUCGCAUCCCUAACUACGAGCCAUCUGAAACCGACGACCUAAGACAGCUGGAGACCAAACUGAAGAACCAGAGGAACUUGCUGUCUGAUAUUACAAGGAAGGAAUCCGACAUGAACAACUUAUCCAAAAAUGGCCGACUUUACCAACAGGCUAUCAAGGACUAUGAGACCGAAACAGAGAAAUUUCGAUCCAUACUGGACCUUGACGAUGGACUUGUACCUCAGACGUACAAGAGAAGCAGACUGGAAUCACCAGGAAUGGUUGUCAAAGCGGAGGAAUCUGCCAUCGAGGCCAAGUUCACUGAGGUAAAUGCUGUCAACAAGCAAAGGCUGCAAAACCUUGAGUUCACACACAGCCUUCUCAAACAGCAACCAGAUAUCCCAUUGAUCCACUCAACAAAUGUCCAGUCUGUUAAUGCUGCUGCCCCAGGAGGAGAGCUUUGGAGGAUCAGGAAGCAGUUGCAAGAUGAAAUUCAGAGGAGAGAGCAGUUAGACAAAGAAGUUGAGACCAUCCAGACAGAAAUAUAUGUCCUUGAAGGACAGAGGCCUCAGGAUACUGUUGUCAAGAAGGAGGUCAUCAAAAAAGUUCCUGACCCUCAGCUAGAUGAGGACAUCUACAAGAUUCAACAGAAGCUUUCGGAGGAACGUCGCACUACCCAUGUCCUGGAUAAUGAGCUUGAGGUACUCAAAUUGAAGCUGCGUGGUCUUGAUACGGAGGUAAAAGAAGGGGCACAGCAGUACAUGGUCAAGGAGGUUCUGCGGAUUGAAAGAGACCGUGGUCAGGAAGAGGAGGUGCGCAAGCUUAGGGAAGAGUUAGACGAGCUAAGAAGGCAAAAGUUGCUGAAAGAUAAUGAAAUUAUUCAGAUAAAUAAGCAGCUGACAAUUCUGGUCGAAGAGAAGAAUAAAGAGCAAGAAGUUAUCACCGAAGAGGAGGUCAUCAAAGUUCAAAAUGAUCCCCAACUUGAAACAGAGUACCGACUACUCUUAGACAGGAAGCAGAAAGAAACCGAAGGCAGAAAACAGCUGGAGGAUGAAUUGAAAUUCCUCCAGGAGAAAAUACGCAGGCUGGAAAAAGAGAAAUUAAUGGCUGAGGAGAAGAUUUCCAUCAAGGAGGUGCUUAAAGUCGAAAAAGAUGUGGCUUUAGAAAGAGAGGUAGAAAACCUACGGAGGCAAUAUGAAGAUGAAAAAUCCAAACGAAGAUCAUCACAGCGAGAAAAAGCUGAUCUCCAAAGGAAGAUUACUAGUCUAGAGGAGGAGAAGUCCAAGGUUAUCAUUCAAGAGAAGAUGCGAGAAAUCGUCCGCCCGGACCCCAAGGCCGAGAAUGAGGUGGCCAACCUGCGUCUUGAACAUGUUGAGCAGCAGAGGCGCUAUAAAGACGCAGAGCUGCAGCUUAGGACACUGCAAGAUGAGCUGACCAUGCUCAAAAACAGAGGUCCUCAAAUAGAGAUAAAGGAGAUCAUUAAAGAGGUGAUCAAAUACAAGACAGAUCCACAGACAGAAAGGGAACUUGAAAGGCUUCGUAAUGAAAUUGUUGACAAGACCCACCAGACCGAGAAAUCUGAGAUGGAGAUCCGCCAGCUUAAUGACGAAAUUCAAAGAUGGAGAAACAUGAAGCCUCAAGUGCAGACUAAAGAGGUUGUCAAUGAAGUUCUGCAGUACAGAGAGGAUCCGAAAACGAAGGAGGAGAUUGAGGUCCUUAAAAGAAAACUGGCCGAUGAACAGUCGAAACGUCUCGAACUUGAGAGAGAGAAAUCUUCCCAAGAGGAAAGGAUCAGACUGAGGAAGAUAGAUCUGUCUCAAGUCCGUGAGAAGGUUGUUCAGCAGGAAGUGGUCAAAAUGGAAGAAGAUGCUAUGCUCAGAUCAGAAUGUGACACGUUCGUACACAACAUCAACAACGAGCAGAGACAGAAGGAGACUUUGAAAGCAGAGCUGUAUCAGCUGCAAAGAAUGAAGGCUGACUUGGACCAGCAGCUGGAGGAUCUUGAGCGGGAACGCAGAGCGAGGCGUGAGGCUGAGUUGGAGAUCCAGAGACUUCGGGUCAUACUUACUGAACUGGAGAUGCGGGACAAAGAGAACCGUGAAAAGGUGACUGUCAAACAAAAGGUGGUCCUGCAGCAGGAUCCCCAACAGGAGAAGGAACACUCUAUCCUUCGACUGCAGCUGGAUGAAGAGAGGCAUAAGCGCGUCCUGCUGGAGAAAGAACUGAAUGCUCUGAUUCAGCAGCAUAUCACCCUCGAGAAGAUGGAUGUGAAGGAAAGAGUUGUUCGCACCGAGAAGAUCCAAGUUGAGAAGGAUCCAGAGGCUGAGCAUGAGAUUGAAAACCUGAAGAGGACUCUGGAAGAGGAGAAACGGAGAAAGAGAGAACUGGACCAAGAAUUGGUAACGAUCACUUCCAGGCUGUCUGAGAUGGAGUUUUCCAACACCAAGUUCACUAAGGAGCUGGUCUACGUCCGAGAUGAAAGUAGCCGCUUGCAGCAGGAAAAUCAAAGGCUGCAGAAUGAUAUUCGCAGGCUUCGUUCUGAGAUUGAGAUCACCAGCAAGGAGACUCGGCAUAUCACUGAUUCCGCACCAAGAGAGGAUGGCAAGAACCUAGAGUUGAGGCUUGAAUCACUACAGAGAGAACUUGCAGAGCUCAGAGGCGUAACGACCAAAAAGGAUGAAGAGAUAGAAAGGCUACAAAAGAAUCUGACUGCUGUGCGACAGAAGAGGGAGCAGAGAGAAAGUCAUUUGCGUAGGUCCAUCGUCGUUAUUGACCCAGAUACCGGCAAAGAGAUGCGACCGGAAGAGGCUUACAAAUUGGGACUGAUCGACUGGAAGAUGUUCGUCAACCUGCAGAGCCAAGAGUGUGACUGGGAGGAAAUCACAGUCAAGGGCCCCAAGGGAGAAUCAUCUGUUCUCCAUGACAGGAAAUCAGGGAAAAAGUUCUCCAUCGAUGAUGCUUUGAGUUUUGGCCAUAUCACAAAUCAUCAACUUCAGCAGUAUAUGAACAAACAACUGACCAUCCAGGAGUUUGGUGCUUUGGUGUCGGGCAAGAACAAGUAAAUACAAAACAUGUUGGGCUUUAUUCUACACAGUAGCUUUUUACUAUCUGAUGGCUUUGUUUUGUGGUGAACGGGCAUUAUUGUACUUCCUUGUUUCUAAAAGCACAAUGUAUUUAUUUGCUUACUAAUGGUCCAAUCUAUGAAACUGAAAAAAUAUGCAAUGAUGAAUUACUUUCAUUUGCUACAUUGGGUACAAGGGUGUCAAAAUAAAGGUGCUUCUCUUGAUUUUGCCAAUGAAGUGCAUUAAAACACCAGAAUGUUUCCAAUAUUUGUGUGAUUUUGAGGUUACAACUAUAUGCUCUCAAUAAAAGACACAUUUAACUGA